AUGGUUUCCCAGAAUCCACAAACUUCAACCAACAGCACAGAGGAGCGGAAGCCGGCCAAAUGUUGCGGCUUGAUGCUGGCGCCGUACAUCUACGAUACCGAUUCUGUCCAGGAGCAUCUCCUGUGCAGAGCCGAAGCCAACAACACUGCGCCAGAAUCAGCCAAAAACAUGUCUGAAACUGGGGAACAGGAAAACCAUGACGAUCUUGGGGUUCAAGAUCUGGAUGCCAUGAUGCAGGAACCUUCUUCCCUGAAAAGUCGACUUUGA